AUGGCGGCCCAAGAGGAAAUCGUCGACUUCGAUAUCAUCGAAAACCAGAAAGAGAACAUCCAGUCCCUGCCCGGCGGCCGCUCAGCAAGGGAGCUAGCUCGGAUCUUUUCACCAAGAGGCCCCGAAGACAAACUUUACUCUCCAUCCCCGAACGACACGAGGACUGUCAACGAUGCCAUCAGACAAGACUACGAAGCCGAAUUGCAGGCAAUAGGAGAAUCAGACGACCCGCUUGAUAUUUACGACCGCUAUGUGAAAUGGACGCUGGACGCAUACCCUUCCUCACAAGCUACCCCUGAAUCAGGUCUUCUCCCAUUACUGGAGCGGGCCGUAAAAUCCUUCCUCACCUCUCCCCACUAUAAGAACGAUCCCCGCUACCUUCGGUUAUGGGUCCAUUAUAUCCGACUUUUCUCCGACUCACCAAGAGAAACAUUUGCAUUCCUGGCACGGCAUCAGAUCGGAGAGGGACUCGCGCUAUUCUAUGAGGAAUUCGCCGCCUGGCUCGAAGGCGCAGGACGAUGGACACAGGCGGAUGAAGUAUAUAGACUCGGUGUCGACCGCGAGGCCCGCCCUGUUGAGCGACUGGUUCGCAAGUAUCGUGAAUUCCAACAACGCUAUGAACAACGAACACAGGAUAAUGGACCGUCAUCUCCUGCGUUGCCCGCAGUCCGACCGGCACUGGCUGCCAAGGUGGACCCUUUUGCUUCGGCAGCAGCCUCAUCAUCGGAUCCUCAGGCACAACGAGCAGCCCCCGCUGCUGCUGCACCAAAGACCAAGUCUGGUAAGCCAAAGAUGGCCAUAUUUUCUGACACCGACUCGGCAAGCCAGCCUGCUGUCUCUGGACAGACCAAGGGAUGGGAUAGUAUUGGGUCGAUGAGCGACCGUCGGAAGGAGAAUAAGGUGGAAGCGAAACCAUGGGCGGGAGAGACUCUUAAGGCAGGAAAGAAGCCUGCUCCCAAAGAGAAGAUGACAAUUUUCAGGGACGAGGUGAGUAACGAUUUUCUACCUUUUGUUUUCGAUUUCCGUAUAUUUACGAUCACAGGACUAAUUGGUGGCAUGAACCCGGUUUGGUUUACGAUUAUGUGUAUGCAGUCAAAUCAGAAUUCACAUUUGAAAGAGUCAAUGCAAUCAAAGCAUGUUCCAGAGCAUCGUGUAAGGGAAGCGGUAAAUCCGCGUACUGGAAGACGAGAGCGUGUUUUCGUCAACCUUGAUGCAGUAUAUCCUGAUUAUACAAACCCAAAUAUUGAAGUCAGCUUCGAGGAGCUGCGAGCCAUGCGCCGCGGCUGGAUGGACAAGAAAUGGCGACCACAAAAAGAGCCUCUGAGACAGAUUUCUGGAAAUGAAAAUUCAGUUGGAGUGGAUCCAGCCAGGGCACUACCAGAUGAGCUCGAUGAAAAGUUGACCAUGAAGGAUGCAGAUAUUUCGGCACAGCAUAUUCCGGAGUCAGAUGCCCUCCACGAGGCAAAGGCUGGUAAAGCACGGAAAUUGAAGCUUCGUGAAGUGAAACAAGAGACACAGACGGUCAAGAUGAAGUUUGACUCUCCGACUGGAGGCAAGAUUCGUCGCAAGAGCACAGCCGAGCCAACAAUGACGAUUCAUACUCGUGCCGCCACGGACGAGAUCUACAGUAUCUUCAAUCAACCACUCAAGGCAGAGACAGAGGCAGCCGAAAGUAGCGACUUCGAUGACGAUGACUACACAAGCGCUGGGGAGAGCACCGUAACGGGACACAUAUCGGCUGCUUCGAGCGAUUUCGGCGAUGACGAAAAUACGUUUCACAAGCCCUUUGAUGAAACCGUUGGGGAUGGGUUUGAUGAUAACACUAGAGCUGAAAGUGUCGUGGACGGUGAAUGGACACAGUUCUCCGCUGCCGACGAUUUGGCCGGUCUUCGCUCACCGGGCGUCGAGUCAGUGUCGCAACACCGCACAGAUGAGAGGGACAGCUUCGACGGCGAUGACUUUGAAGACAACCAAAACCGACAAAGGUUUAUCCCAGAAAUGCCUGACGAUUACAACCCACCCUGCGGCCCAUACCGAGACCCAGCGAUAGUUGCUCAGAAUCGUUUGCCCUUCAUGACACCUAUCGUAGAACAGACUGAGUAUUCUCUCGCAUCCCUGACAGCAGCCAGAAACCACCUAUACAAUGCGAAGACUCCGUCCAAGCCUCAGAUGGCAGAUCUUUUGUCGACCCCACUGAUUGAUGGAACACCUCGUCAAGGAGAUACUACGAUUGGUUUGCCUGAAGAUGUUGCGCUGAGUCCGAGUGCAAAGAAAGCCCUGUCUAGUGUCAAAUCUGCCUCUCCUUUCGGCCGUAAACAUAGACAGGGACCGAUAAUCCACGAUGCGCAAUGCAAUCCCACUGACAAAACAAUCCGGAACACGAUUCUCUCAGCUCUGAACCCACCACUAGCAUCAUACGCAGGAUAUCACGGCCAUAUGGAGACGGACGCCCAUUAUGCUUCUGACAUCCAGAAGUUCAUGAAGGCUCAGCCAAAGCGUUCCCGAAGCGGUGACGAAGCGUCGUUCGAAUUGCCCAUCCUUGAGCUUCCCGGUGCAGAGAGAAGCUAUAUCAUCCGGCGGGAGCUUGGAGUCGGUGCAUUUGCUCCAGUGUACCUAGCGGAGAGUAUCGAUAGUUUGCCCGCCGAUUCCGACGAUGAGUCUGAGGAUAGUAACAGUGGAGGAUCGCAGCUGACCAACAGCAACAAAUCAGCACGGCGUAAGCCUCGCUAUGCCUUUGAGGCCAUCAAGAUGGAAGUUGGUCCCCCAAGCCCAUGGGAAUUUUACAUGAUUCGGACUGCGCAUGACCGCCUGAACCAACGACCUGAUUUGUCGCGCGCGGUGGAGAGUAUAAUCGAUGCACACGAGAUGCAUGUGUAUAAAAGGGAAAGCAUUCUUGUGGAGGAUUAUCGCAGCCAAGGCACUUUGCUGGAUCUUGUCAACCUUGUCCGAAAUGAGCAAAUCAUAGGUGGCGGCCACGGCGAAGGAGGCUUAGAUGAGGUUCUUGCUAUGUUCUUUACUGUGGAGUUAUUCCGCACUGUGGAGGCACUUCACUCAUGUGGGAUACUGCAUGGCGAUAUCAAAGCCGACAAUUGCCUUGUGCGGCUCGACGAGAAGGCAGAACCCCCGUCACUCAUCGAUCUUGGCGAUGAGAACGCUUAUGAUCCACGCGAAAUGCAUUACUCUCCUCGCGGAUCAUACGGCUGGCGCAACAAAGGCCUUUCUCUUAUCGACUUUGGUCGUGGCAUAGAUAUGCAAGCUUUCCAGCCGUCCGUUCAAUUUGUUGCCGACUGGGAGGCCAAGAAGCACGAGUGUAACGAGAUCCAGGAGAUGCGCCCAUGGACUCACCAAAUUGAUCUCUACGGACUUGCAGGCACCGUCCACGUUAUGCUUUUUGGAAAGUACAUCGAAUCGUCCCCUGUCCGUCAAAGUGAAGGCGCAUCUCCCAAUGGGCCUAGAACGUAUCGAAUCCGCGAAUCCUUAAAACGGUACUGGGAGCGGGGAAUCUGGAACGAUGUCUUUGAUCUCCUUCUGAACCCUAGUGCAGAGCGAUGGGUUCAGAUGGAACUAGAAGGAAACAACAACCCCGCUGCAACCCUGUUCGAUGAGAACACGCCCACGUCGCCUAUCCUCCCCGUUGUCAACUCCUUGAGAUACGUCCGCGAGAAAAUGGAAGCAUGGCUAGUGGCCAACGCGGAAAAGAAAGGCCUGGGUCUCCAGCUCCGAAAGCUCGAGGCUAUCUUUAACGAGAGAAAGAAGAAGCUCGAAAGAUCUUGA